AUGGAUCUCUGUCAAUCAAUAUUGAUAUCAUCAAGAAUAUUUUCAUUUGGUCUUGCUCAUUCACCAAGUCGAUCGUUGAUAAGAGGUCUUGCUCGUUCAACGAAUGGUCAAUUCACAUUCAUUCCUCUAGGAACAAGUGUCGAUAUUCAUAUUGCUGAACAACUUCAGAAAGCUCUCGAAUCAUGCAAUACCGAUGCCAAAGUUAAAUGGAAUAUUCAGUCAUUAAUAUCGACGAAUAUUCAAAUUGUACCAACAGUUGUUACGCCUACUUAUGCAAAUAAAAGUCUUUUAUUUUAUGCAUUACUUGAAGCGGAACAAUUUGAUCAUUCUACAGCUGUUGAACUCUGGAAUCAUGAAGAAACCUUUCAACUUAAUUUAGCUUCAAUUGAUCAUAUACGUGAUACUACAGAUAACAAUAGUAAACUUAUCGCUCAUUUGACAGCAGAAUCGCUAAUUCAAGAAACUACCCAUUCAAAAGAACUAUAA